AUGGUGACCAGUGUCAAGGCACUGGAUCCUGUCUGUAUGAAGGCAAUUUUCCAUGCUUCCCCAACAGCUGAAGAGCAGAAAUUUCCUCCAAAAUCGAUGAAAGGAUUCCUCUUUGCUAAGCUGUAUUUGGAAAUAAAAGAAUAUGAACUUGCUAAAAGGUAUAUAUCUGCAUACCUCAAUGUACAAGAGAGAGAUCCCAAAGCACACAGAUUUCUUGGACAGAUUUAUGAAGCUGAGGAUAACAUAGAAAAAGCUUUUGGAUGUUACAAGCGUUCUGUGGAGUUGAAUCCAACACAGAAGGACCUUGUGUUGAAGAUUGCAGAGUUACUAUGCAAUAAUGACAUUACUGAUGGAAGAGCAAAAUACUGGGUUGAGAAAGCUGCUAAGCUCUUCCCUGGGAGUCCUGCUGUUUUCAGGCUGAAGGAGCAGUUACUGGAUUGUAAAGGUGAAGAUGGAUGGAAUCAGCUUUUUGACUUGAUUCAAGCAGAACUUUAUGCAAGACCAGAUGACGUCUACGUAAACAUCAGACUAGUUGCACUCUACCGUUCCAAUAAUAGAUUAAGAGAGGCUGUGCUUCAUUGUCAGCAAGCAGAGAAGAAAAUUCCUUUGCAUUCAAGCUUGGAAUGGUGUUCCUGUGUGGUAGAGACACUUGAGGAAUAUCUGGAAUCUUUACAAGACUUGGAGUCUGAUAAAAAUCACUGGAGAGCUAUCAAGAAGGAUCAUCUGCUGGCCUAUUCCAACUUUGUCAAAAUGACACUUUCUUCUAGAGAUGUUCAGGAAUGCAGAGAGGCACUUGAAAGUUUUGAUCGUGCACUUCAGUCAGUGAAACCCUACGUGAAUGUGGCUGAUGAGUUGUCUCGUACAUUUGUGGAAAUGAAAGGACAGCUAUACUUGCAUGCUGGAACUUUGCUACUGAAAAUGGCCCAGCACAAUGAGGCACAGUGGAGAGGUGUUUGUCAGCUAGCAGCAUUGUGUUAUCUGAUUAGCUUCCAGGUUCCUAAACCAAAAUCAAAAGUCAUAAAGGGGGAUCAAACUGGACAAGAUGUGCUAGAAAUGUUGGCAUGUGAUCGAAAAAGCCAGUCUGGUCAUAUGCUGCUGAACUUAAGCCACGGCAAGCAAGACUUCUUUAAAGAGAUUGUGGAAUCUUUUGCAAACAAGAGUGGCUUAUCUACAUUGUCUGAUAGCCUGUUUGAGAGUGGAGCUUCUAGAGAGAGAUCUUUUAUUGGCACGGAUGAUAUCGGAAAUGUCAGUACACAAGCACCAGUGCAAAUGGAACUUCAUAGAUGUGAUAUUGGUGCAGUUAGAAUGCACAAUGGCAGCCUCCAGCACCUCGUGUGGCUUGGCUUGCAGUGGAACUCUAUGUCAGUCUUGCCCCCAAUACGCAAAUGGUUAAAACAGCUUUUCCAGUUGCCUCAAGAAACAUCGAGACUUGAGACAGAUGCUCCUGAAUCCAUUUGCCUACUGGACCUUGAAAUAUUUCUGCUUGGAGUGAUAUUCACUAGCAACUUACAACUGCAGGAGAAUUUAAAUUCUCACUACGGUGCACAUCAGCCUCAGUUCUUACCAUUGCCAGUGUGCAAACAGCUCUAUACCGAAAAGCAAAGAACCUGCUGGGAUGCUGUUCGUGCUCUUAUUCAGAGAAAAACAAUACCAGGAACAUCAGCAAAACUAAGGCUUAUUGUACAGCAUGGAAUAAGUACUCUGCGAACAUUGGAGAAGCAUGGCCUUCAACCUGCCUUAAUUAUACACUGGGCAAAAAGCCUGCAAAAAACAGGCACUAGCCUUAACUCCUUCUAUGACCAGAAGGAAUACAUUGGACGAAGUGUCUACUACUGGAAGAAAGUUUUGCCUAUCCUGGAAACUAUCAAAAAGAAGAGGAGUAUUCCUGAACCUACUGAUCCUCUCUUCAAACACUUCCACAGUGUAGACAUUCAGGUCUCUCAGGUUGCAGCAUAUGAAGAAGAAGCACACAUAGCAUUUGCAAUGUUGGAUGCAGUUGAUGGAAAAACUGAUGACGCUUUACUAGCAUUUGAAGCUAUUAAGAAUGUAGUUUCAUACUGGAAUCUUGCCCUGAUCUUGCAAAGAAAGGCAGAGGAGUUUGAAAAUGAUGCCAUGCUGCCAGAAGAACAAGAAGAACGCAAAACCUAUCUUCUUAAAAGCAAGCAUUAUCUAAUAAAGAUCAUUGAGGAAAGUUCCUCAGAUAUGUCAGCAAUGGAGAAACUGCCUGUAUCUAUUGAUACUGUGAGGGAAAUGCUAGAUACAGUGAUGCAGGAGCUCGGUGAGAAUGGUGAAGAGGGAAGUCUUGUCUUCAGAAAUGGUCUGCCACAAGCUGUAGAUUCAGAGAUGAAACAUUCCACUCCAUCACCACCUAAGUUCUCUCUUUCACCAACCAAGACCUACAAGUUUUCUCCUAAAACUCCUCCUCAGUGGGCAGAAGAUCACAGAUCUCUCCUUCAAAUGAUCUGUCAGCAAGUCGAAGCUUUAAAGAAUGAAAUGCAAGAAAUGAAACUUAAUAAUUCCAAUUCAAAUGCAUCAUCUCAUCGGUGGCCUACUGAAAACUAUGGGACAGACACAAUGUCAGAGGGUUAUCAGAGAGCACAAAAUCUUCAUGAGGCUCCAUUAACAGUUGCUACCACUGGCCCAUCAGUUUACUACAGCCAGUCACCUGCCUAUAACUCCCAGUAUCUUCUCAGAACUGCUGCAACCAAUGUAACACCAACAAAGGCUCCUGUCUAUGCCAUGAACCGACUUACACCUCAGCAACAUAUCUAUGCUUAUCAACAACCAAUGCAUACACCACCUCUGCAAAACACUUCUGCUUGUAUGUUUUCCCAAGACAUAUAUAGCACACCUCUGCGUUUUGAUUCUUCUGGUACUGGACUAAUUUCUCCUCAUGGAGGUGAUGAUUACUACAAUUACAGUGUUCCACAGGCAAGCACAAAUCCACCAUUGCCUGAACCAGGCUAUUUCACAAAGCCUUCAGUCCCUCCACCGACUUUAAAGCCAGCAGAGUCAAAAGUGAUAGAAUUUUCUAAACCUAAAUUUGGACAGCCAGGAACAGCAGAAGGACCAAAAACAUCCCUGUCAACACCAGCACAACCGAGUCAGCCAACAACUUUUAAAUUCAACACUAACUUCAAGUCUAAUGAUGGAGACUUUACGUUUUCUUCUCUUCAAGUUGCAACACAACCUCCUAAUGCAGUUUUUAAUAGCAGCGAAAACCUCUUGGGUCUUCUGACAUCUGACAAACCUUUACAGGAUGAUAGGUACAUGGAACAAAAACCAGUUAAUGAUCACACAAAUGGUCAAAGAAGUGUUUUCAGUUUUGGCAGUAAAAACAUUCCAAGCAUGUCUUUUAGAGAAAAUGUGGGACAAAAUGCACACAAAAACCUGGGUUUUGAGAAGAGCGAUAUGUUUAGUGUCCAAGAACCAAGCAAGCCUGUGUUUGUGACUUCAAAUUCAGACUUGGCCAAUAGAAGUCAUGAGGCAGAGGGAGGAAGCACCCAUGGUGGAGAUGAGGAUGAUGAUGGUCCUCAUUUUGAUCCUGUGGUGCCACUUCCUGACAAGAUUGAAGUCAAGACAGGUGAGGAGGAUGAAGAAGAAUUCUUCUGCAACAGAGCCAAGCUCUUUCGUUUUGAUGCAGAAUCUAAAGAAUGGAAAGAAAGGGGUGUUGGAAAUGUGAAAAUACUGAAACACAAAGUAUCUGGCAAAUUUCGUCUCUUAAUGAGACGGGACCAAGUGCUGAAAAUCUGUGCAAAUCACUACAUAAACACUGAUAUGAAAUUAACUCCUAAUGCUGGAUCAGAUAAAUCAUUUGUAUGGCAUGCUUUAGAUUAUGCAGAUGAGUUGCCAAAACCAGAACAACUUGCAAUUAGAUUUAAAACACCUGAGGAAGCAAUGCUUUUCAAAAGUAAGUUUGAGGAGUCACAGGAUAUAUUAAAAACUUUGGGAUCAAACGUUGAUGCAUCUGUGACUCAGAGUAGUGGGACUGCAAGAGAAACAGCAAAUCAGGCGAUCAAGGAGCCUAGCAGAUCCAUUUCUGGGACCCUGAACUUCGGCUUUCAGUUUCCAAAAGAUGGAGUGAGCAGUGAAUCUGAGAGCAAAGGCAGCCUUCCAGCUGCAUCAACUGCAUCUGGCCCUACCUCUUUUUCGUUUGGAAAGGAAGCCUCACAAACCUCUUCUGGUGGGUUUGGGCAGCAUCUCUUGAAGAAAGAUCAAUGGCAGUGUAAAGUGUGUUUAGUUCAAAAUGAAGCAACUGCAAAGAAUUGUGUAGCAUGUCAAAGUCCAAAUUCAGAUAUGCAGGAAACACGUGGCAACCCAUUAACUGAAUCUGAUCCAAAUUUCAAAGCCAGUGGUAACAUUUUGCAGGACAAAUUUGGAACUUCUUUUUCUAAAAAGGAAGGUCAAUGGGACAGCACUGUAAGUUUAGUAAGAAAUGAACCCACUGCCUCCAAGUGUGUUCCCUGCCAGAAUCCAAACAAAACUAAUACAGCUGUAUCUAGUCAACAAACUUCAUUUAAAUUUGGCCAGGCGGUUGCUCCGAAGUUUGGCCAAAAUGACUUGGGAACUGCUUCUUCUAAAAAAGAAGGUCAGUGGAGCUGCUCAGUAUGCCUAGCCGAAAAUGAAGCAAAAGAUGUGAACUGUCAUUCUUGUCAGAAUCCCCACUCACAAAGUCAACAAAAUGUACCUGUACCUACACCUACUGUUCAGGCAUCCACUGCUCCCAGGUUUGGUUCCAUUGCUGAUGCAAGUAAGCCACAGAAAAAUGGAUUUGAAGGGCUUUUUGCUAAAAAGGAAGGGCAGUGGGAUUGUAGUACAUGUCUUGUGAGGAAUGAAAGUUCUUCACCAGUCUGUGUAGCCUGCCAAGCACCAAAUCCAUCUGGUAAGCCUGCUGGUGAUGCUUCAUCAUCUCCUACUUUUGGCUUGAAAAGUAAAUUAUCUGAACCUGAUGGAGGACAGUUGGCAACAGGCUUUAAGUGUGAUUUCUUAGGAAAGGGUUUUAAAUUUGGUCAUGUUGAGCAAGGCAAGACACCACCAUUUACAUUUCAGAUUCCUUCUGAUGCUGAAGCAAAGCCCGCAAAGGAAGGAUUUAGCUUUUCAAUGCCGGUGCCUCCAGGUGGAUUUAAGUUUGGGAUACAGGAGUCUGGUAAAAAUGCCACUAAGAAAGAUGAGCCACCCAAAGAGUGUACAACUGGCUUAAAAAGCGUUGAUGAAAAAGACAAAAAAGAAAUGCCUUCAGAUAGUGGAACUGCAUUCCAAUUUCAAGAAACAGCAAACAAGGAGAAAGGUGACUUUGUUUUUGGGCAAAAUAGCAGCACUUUUACUUUUGCCGAGCUUGCAAAAAGUACUCCCAUGGAAGGCUUUCAGUUUGGCAAAAAAGACCCUAACUUCAAAGGCUUUUCAGGUGCAGGUGAAAAGCUCUUUUCUUCACAAGAUUCUAAAGUGGAUCACAAAGCAAACACAUCUGCUGACCUUGGUGAGAAGGAUGAUGACGUGUAUAAGACAGAGGACAGUGAUGAUAUCCAUUUUGAACCUAUAGUUCAGAUGCCUGAAAAAGUAGAACCUUUUACAGGAGAGGAAGAUGAGAAAGUGUUAUACUCCCAAAGAGUAAAACUGUUCAGGUUUGAUUCAGAAACAAGCCAGUGGAAAGAACGUGGGGUAGGCAACCUGAAGAUUCUUAAAAAUGAAGUUAAUGGCAAAGUAAGAAUAUUAAUGCGGCGUGAGCAGGUACUGAAGGUGUGUGCAAAUCACUGGAUAACAACAACAAUGAACUUGAAACAGCUGUCUGGCUCAGACAAAGCAUGGAUGUGGAUGGCCAAUGACUUCUCAGAUGGUGACGCAAAGUUGGAGCAGCUGGCAGCAAAAUUCAAGACGCCAGAGCAGGCUGAGGAGUUCAAACAGAAGUUUGAAGAAUGUCAGAGGCUACUACUAGAUAUACCACUGCAGACACCCCAUAAACUUGUUGAUACAGGUAGGACAGCUCAGCUUAUACAGAAAGCAGAAGAAAUGAAGUGUGGCUUAAAAGAUCUCAAAACAUUUCUGACAGAUGACAAAACUAAGCUGUCAGAAGAAGAAAAUGUAAACUCUCUCUGUGCCGGCAGUACUUCUGAUCUGGUUAUAAAGCCUCAUGCUGAAAGUACUGGGCCUACUCUGGAGUGGGAUAACUAUGACUUGCGUGAAGAGGCAUUGGAUGAUAGUGUGAGUAGUUCUGUAUAUGCAUCACCUCUUGCAAGUAGCCCUGUAAGGAAAAAUCUAUUUAGAUUUGGUGAGUCUACCACAGGUUUUAGUUUCAGCUUUAAAUCUGCCUUGAGCCCAUCCAAAUCUCCUGCCAAACAGAACCAGAGUAGAACAUCAGUAGGCACAGAUGAAGAUUCUGAUGUUACUCAAGAAGAAGAGAGAGAUGGGCAGUACUUUGAACCUGUGGUACCGCUGCCUGAUCUCGUGGAAGUGACCAGUGGUGAGGAAAAUGAACAAGUUGUCUUCAGUCAUAGAGCUAAGCUCUACAGGUAUGACAAAGACACUAAUCAGUGGAAAGAGAGAGGUAUUGGGGAUAUCAAGAUAUUACAGAACUAUGACAACAAACAAGUACGUAUAGUAAUGAGAAGAGACCAGGUACUAAAACUCUGUGCUAAUCAUAGAAUAACACCAGAUAUGAAUAUGCAACAAAUGAAAGGAUCUGAUAGAGCAUGGGUAUGGACUGCAUGUGACUUUGCAGAUGGGGAAAGGAAAGUAGAACUUCUAGCUGUGCGAUUCAAGCUGCAAGAUGUUGCAGACUCAUUUAAGCAAAUUUUUGAUGAAGCAAAGCAUGCCCAAGAGAGAGAGACACUGAUAACACCUCUUUCUUCACGUGCCAACACACCGAAGGAAUCUCCGUGCGGUAAAAAUGCUGUUGCUGUGCUAGAAGAAACUACCAGAGAAAGAACUGACUUGAGCCAUGGUGAUGAUACUUCUGAUGUAACUGUCGAGGUUGCAGAGGUGUCAAACACUUCUGAAACACCAACAAAAACAGUGGUUUCUCCUCCUAAGUUUGUAUUUGGAUCUGAAUCUGUAAAGAGCAUUUUCAGUAAUGAAAAGUCAAAGACGUUCACAUUUGGAAAUACUUCGGCUACUGGUUCUCUCUUUGGCUUCAGCUUUAAUCCUCCAAGAAAAAGUGAAGACAAUACUGCAAUGUCUCAGAGCUCAACAGAGAAAGGACUGAAAGUCUCUGAACCACCAAAAAGUUCUAGUGCUCCUCAGAAGCCUUUAGACAGCAAGGCAGACAACUUGCCCAUUUCAGCACAAGAUGGACCCAAUGAUCUUCCAUCUCCCAAGGACACUGAUUCAUCUGAUGAGGUUGUAAUAGUUUACGAGUUAAUACCUACCCCUGAACAGAGAGCUCUCGCUGGGUUUCUCAAGUUACCUUCAACGUUCUUCUGUUACAAGAAUAAGCCUGGAUAUGUGAGUGACGAGGAUGAUGAUGAAGAUUAUGAAACAGCUGUUAAGAAACUUAAUGGAAGACUGUAUCCCAGCAAUUCAGAAGAGAAAAAGAAAUUGCAAGAUCCUGUGAAAGGCAUCACAGGAAAAAGUGAAUUUGACAAUAAGAGAGAAUGUGUUACUCCUUGGGAAAAGAAACCAACUCCUGAGGAGGAGGCUAAAGCAGAGACUCCUCAGGUUCCUCCUACAUCUGUCUGUGGUGUCAGCAGUGAUACCGAGGAUGAGAGUCCAGAAGAUGUUCAGACAGAAACUGAAACUGAAGAAACAAAAGAGAAUGAGGUUGCAAGCUCAGCUGAUGUAGUCUAUAUCAGUAAGGAAGAAGUACUUACUCCAUCAACUGGUGAGGUGACAGUAUUUGUCCAGUCAGCUACAGACAGUGAAGACCCUGAUUCCACCACAGAAAGCGUGCAUUUAUCACAGACUUCAUCAGGAGCUGAUGACAAACCUGUAGACUUGUCAACUAAAAAAAGUGAUUCAGACUGUUCAGAGUCAACACAAGACAACAGAGUCAUCUCAUUUGGUUUUGGCAAUACUGCAGGCUUGUCAUUUGCUGACCUGGCUUCCAAAAACUCUGGAGACUUUGCUUUUGGCUCAAAAGACAAAAACUUCAAAUGGGCGAAUACAGGAGCAGCUGUGUUUGGAGAGACAGCUCGUAAAGCAGAUGAAGAUGAAGGUGGUAGUGAUGAUGAGGUGGUACAUAGUGAUGAUAUCCACUUUGAGCCGAUUGUUUCCUUGCCAGAGGUGGAGGUAAAAUCUGGAGAAGAAGAUGAAGAAAUUCUUUUCAAAGAGAGGGCAAAACUUUACAGAUGGGACAGAGAGGCCACUCAGUGGAAGGAGCGUGGUGUUGGAGAGAUAAAGAUUCUCUUCCAUACACAGAAGAAAUACUAUAGAGUCCUAAUGAGAAGAGACCAAGUUCUCAAAGUCUGUGCAAACCAUGUCAUCACCAAAGAAAUGAACUUGGUACCAUCUGAUACAUCAAACAAUGCAUUAAUUUGGACAGCCACAGAUUAUGCUGAUGGUGAAGUAAAAGUAGAACAACUUGCAGUCAGAUUUAAAAGCCAGGAAUUGGCUAAUUCUUUCAAGAGGAGGUUUGAAGAAUGCCAGCUAAGCUUGUCAGAAUUACAGAAGGGACACUUAUCUCUGGCAGCAGGACUAUCAAAGGACACCAACCCUGUUGUGUAUUUUGAAGUUUCUGCUGAUGAUGAACCUUUAGGACACAUAACCAUGGAGCUGUUCUCAAAUAUCGUCCCGCGAACUGCUGAAAACUUCAGGGCCCUGUGCACAGGAGAGAAGGGAUUUGGAUUCAAGAACUCUAGGUUUCACAGAAUAAUCACUGACUUUAUGUGUCAGGGAGGUGAUAUAACUAACCAUGAUGGUACAGGUGGAAGAUCAAUUUAUGGAACAGCAUUUGAAGAUGAGAAUUUUGAAGUGAAACACACUGGUCCCGGAUUGCUGUCAAUGGCAAAUAAGGGCAGGGAUACAAAUAAUUCUCAGUUCUUCAUAACACUUAAAAAAGCAGAACACUUGGACUUCAAGCAUGUAGUAUUUGGGUUUGUCAAAGAUGGAAUGGAUGUUGUGAAAAAGAUUGAAUCCUUUGGUUCUCCUAAAGGGCUAGUAAAUGGAAGAAUUGUCAUUACAGACUGUGGGCAAAUAUAGCUAUUGCAUUGAGUAUGCAGAUGGUUAGCAGUAUGAAUUGGUAUUUACAUGUUAUUGACUAUAAUUAUUUCAGCUUCUUAAAAUGGACACUUCUGAUGUAUAAAUGUAAAAUUACACCUUAUAGUUGGCUUUUCUAUGUGUUCUAAUUGAUUUUUUUUGCAUGUUAAUAAAAAGUUCAGACACUGGUAUAUUUCAGGUGUAUUUGUGUUAUCCUGACCUAUUUGUAUUAAAUGUCAGAUUUUAAAAAUAAAAUCUUAGUCUUGUUAAAAUAAA